AUGGGCAGCGGCACGGCGGAGAAGUUCAGGUUCUGCAUUGACAGGGGCGGCACCUUCACUGACAUCUAUGCCGAGGUACCCGGGAGAAGAGAAGGCUAUGUCACGAAGCUUCUCUCCGUCGACCCGUCAAACUACGACGACGCGCCCAUCGAAGGGAUUAGGAGGAUCCUGGAGGAGUUCUCCGGAGAGAGGAUCCCCCGGUCGGCCAAGAUCCCCACCAGCAAGAUCGAGUGGAUCAGGAUGGGCACCACGGUCGCCACGAACGCCCUCCUGGAGAGGAAGGGCGAAAGGAUUGCGCUUUGUGUGACAAGGGGGUUUAGGGAUUUGCUCCAGAUUGGCAACCAGGCUCGCCCGAACAUAUUCGACCUCAAGGUGUCAAAGCCGUCGAAUCUUUAUGAAGAGGUGAUUGAGGUCGAUGAACGAGUUGAGCUCGUUCGGGAUGGUGACAGUGACAGGGAUGAGUCAUCUGUUGAAGGGAUCUCUGGGGAACUGGGGAUCAGAUGCUUGGCGGUGGUGUUGAUGCAUUCGUAUACUUAUCCUCACCAUGAACUCCUGGUUGAGAAGUUAGCUCUGGGGAUGGGAUUCAAGCAUGUAUCAUUGUCUUCAUCGCUGACACCAAUGGUCCGUGCAGUGCCUCGGGGCCUGACGGCAAGUGUGGACGCGUAUCUCACACCAGUCAUCAAAGAGUACCUAUCAGGAUUCAUGUCGAGAUUUGAAGGGGGUUCUGAACAAGUGAAUGUGCUAUUUAUGCAAUCAGAUGGAGGACUUGCACCGGAGAGGAGAUUCUCUGGGCAUAAAGCGGUAUUAUCAGGACCUGCAGGUGGUGUGGUUGGCUACUCGCAGACCUUGUUUGGACUUGAGACAUCAAAGCCACUGAUUGGGUUUGACAUGGGAGGUACAUCCACGGAUGUGAGCCGCUAUGAUGGAAGCUAUGAACAAGUUCUGGAGACACAGAUUGCUGGGGCAAUUAUUCAAGCUCCCCAGCUUGACAUAAACACUGUGGCUGCUGGUGGUGGAUCAAAGCUUAAGUUUCAAUUUGGUGCUUUCAAGGUUGGACCAGAAUCUGUUGGGGCACACCCUGGUCCAGUCUGUUACCGAAAAGGUGGUGAGCUAGCAAUUACCGAUGCCAAUUUGAUCCUAGGAACUGUUAUUCCUGAGUACUUCCCAUCAAUAUUUGGUCCAAAUGAAGAUAUGCCCCUUGAUUAUGAGGCUACAAGAAAGGCCUUUGAAAAUCUUGCAGUUGAGAUCAACUCUCACCGAAAGAGUCAGGACCCAUCAGCAAAGGACAUGGCAAUUGAAGAGAUUGCACUUGGGUUUGUCAAUGUCGCAAAUGAGACAAUGUGCCGGCCUAUACGCCAGCUAACCGAAAUGAAGGGGCAUGAUACAAAGAACCAUGCCCUCGCAUGCUUUGGUGGUGCUGGUCCACAACAUGCAUGCGCUAUGGCAAGGUCCUUGGGUAUGUCUGAGGUACUUGUUCACCGAUAUUGUGGAAUAUUGAGUGCAUAUGGGAUGGGUCUUGCUGAUGUCAUUGAAGACUUGCAAGAACCAUACUCUGCUGUUUAUAAUACCGAGUCAUCUGCAGAAGCAUCUAGAAGAGAAGUCCUUUUAGUAAAACAGGUGAAAGAAAAGCUGAUGGAGCAGGGUUUUGGAGAGGAGAGCAUCAGGACAGAUUCAUACUUGAAUUUGAGGUAUGAGGGAACUGAUACGGCCAUCAUGGUUAAACAACCAGAGCAAGGAUCUGGAAAUGACUAUGCUGAUGAGUUUGAAAAAUUAUUUCAGCAAGAGUAUGGCUUCAAAUUGCAAAACAGGAAAAUACUCAUAUGUGAUGUGAGAGUUCAGGGUGUCGGUAGUACAAACAUCCUGCAGCCUCGUGAAUUGAUGCAGAUAUCAACCAAACCUGUGAAAGAAAGUUCAUGCCAGAUUUAUUUUUCAAGUGGGUGGCAAGAUACUCCGCUGUACAAGCUUGAGAAUUUGGGUUAUGGCCAUGUCUUGGAGGGUCCUGCAGUUAUUAUGAAUGGGAAUAGUACUGUGAUCAUAGAAAAAGACUGUAAAGCCAUCAUUACAAAGUAUGGUAACAUAAAAAUAGAGAUUAAUGCUGCUCCAAGCACUGUAUCAAUAUCAGAGAAAGUUGCAGAUGUGGUCCAACUUUCUAUUUUCAAUCACCGAUUCAUGGGUAUCGCUGAACAGAUGGGUCGGACACUUCAAAGAACUUCAAUUUCCACUAACAUAAAGGAAAGGCUAGACUUCUCUUGUGCUCUCUUUGGUCCAGAUGGUGGCCUUGUUGCAAAUGCACCUCAUGUCCCUGUGCAUUUAGGAGCCAUGUCUAGUACUGUGUGUUGGCAGCUUAAUUUUUGGGGUGAUAACCUCCAUGAGGGUGAUGUUCUUGUAACAAACCAUCCAUGUUCUGGGGGGAGCCAUCUUCCAGACAUAACAGUUGUCACGCCAGUUUUUUAUCAUGGUAAGCUUGUUUUUUUUGUUGCUAGUCGAGGUCACCAUGCUGAGAUUGGUGGCAUCACGCCAGGAAGCAUGCCUCCUUUCUCAAAAUGUAUCUGGGAGGAAGGUGCUGCCAUCAGAGCAUUUAAACUUGUCGAAAGGGGUGUUUUCCAAGAGGAAGGAAUAGUCCAGUUGCUGCAGUCACCUUGCUCUGAUGAACUUUCUGGCUAUAAGAUCCCAGGAACACGUCGGAUCCAAGAUAAUCUUUCCGAUCUCCAUGCUCAGGUUGCAGCAAACCAGAGAGGUAUAUCACUUAUCAAAGAACUGAUAAAUCAGUAUGGCUUGGUCACUGUUCAAUCAUACAUGAACCAUGUUCAAAAGAAUGCUGAGGUAGCUGUUAGAGAGAUGCUCAAAACAGUUGCGUCUAGAGUUGCAAAGGAGAAUGGAUCAUGUGUUGUUGAGGAUGAAGAUUAUAUGGAUGAUGGCUCUGUCCUUCACUUGAAACUCACCCUUGAUGCUAUUAAAGGUGAAGCUACAAUUGACUUUGAGGGUACCAGUCCUGAGGUCUAUGGCAACUGGAAUGCUCCUGAAGCAGUUACAACAGCUGCUGUCAUAUACUGCCUACGGUGCUUGGUGGAUGUCGAUAUACCGCUAAAUCAGGGCUGCCUAGCACCUGUGAAGAUCCUCAUUCCUAAAGGCUCUUUCCUCUCACCAAGUGACAAGGCUGCUGUUGUUGGUGGCAAUGUGCUAACAUCUCAGAGAGUGACUGAUGUUAUCCUAAUGGCAUUUCAAGCCUGUGCCUGCUCUCAGGGCUGCAUGAACAAUUUGACCUUUGGGGACGACACCUUUGGUUACUACGAGACCAUUGGAGGUGGAUGUGGAGCUGGGCCAACCUGGGACGGCACUAGUGGUGUUCAAUGUCACAUGACAAACACAAGGAUGACUGACCCUGAGAUCUUUGAGCAGCGGUACCCUGUUCUUUUGCACACAUUUAGCAUCAGGGAGAACAGUGGAGGUUCUGGUUUACACAGAGGUGGUGAUGGCCUUGUGAGGGAGAUUGAAUUCCGGCGGUCUAUUGUUGUGAGCAUUCUAUCCGAGAGACGGGUGCAUGCUCCCAGGGGACUAAAAGGAGGACGAGAUGGAGCUCGUGGUGCAAACUAUUUAGUCAGAAAAGAUGGUAGAAAGAUUUACCUUGGAGGAAAGAACACUGUAACGGUUAGUGCUGGUGACAUUCUUCAGAUUUUCACGCCCGGUGGUGGUGGCUUUGGCUCUCCUUGA